AUGUCAAAUUGCACACUGAGUGCAGCGCUGUGUUUGGCCAGCGCUGUAGGACAGUCGGAGGCGCCCACAAAGUCAUCAGGCAGCGGGUAUCCGAAGAAGGUAACCACUCUGAAGAAGCGACCCACUAAGACGCCCAGCACUGCAGCCACCUCGGCAAUUGGCACCCAAUCAUCCACAACAAAACCAAGCAAACCACGCGUCAAGAUUGCAACCACCGGCAAGACAAGAACCACAAAGGCACCAGCUUUGGAUGCCAGAUUCAGCAACUUACCCGCCGAUGAUCUGGAGUUCAUCAAAGAGCUGGACAAACAGUUUAAGCUUCAUGGCAACAAGAUUAAGAUCAAAGUAGAGCGUGACAAUUCAACCAACAGCAGCGGCAACGGCAAGAACAACAAGCGCACCAUCGAUGGCGAACUCGGCUAUGGCUAUGCACAUCCGGGAUACGAUUACACGCCACCCAAAUUCAUGUUCUAUCCGUACUCCCAGCACGAUAUACCCGCAACGGAAUCGCCCGAUGCGUAUGCCUACUCACCAGCGGACUAUGAGCAGCCAGAGACGACGCAGCCACAUCCGCAUCAGCAGGUGACCAGUGUGACCAUUGAGCCAUCCUAUUCGUACGAGCUGAAGCCACAAACCAGCUAUGAGUCACAACAGCCGGCGGCAGAGCAACAUGUGCAUCCGGAGCAGCCGCAAAUUGAUUUGCCACAGCCACAGCCACAGCAACAACCACAACAUGAAACGAGCGGUGCUGGCGGAGAUGAAAGCGCUGGCUACCAGGAGCCAGUCAUAGUGUUGCGCAUACCCGGACCUGCAAAGUAUGCGGCGCAUUUGCAGACACUGCUACAGCAAUACCUCGAAAUACGCGCCGCGCAGUAUCUGCAUCUGCUGCAGGAGGCCGAACAGCGUAAGCAACAGCAACCGGAGGAGAUUUCACCACAGCAAUAUGCCACACCCGAGCAGCAUGAAGAGGCACAUUAUCAUCCCGAUGUUAGCUAUGCCCAUCAAUUGGCACCAACACCGCCGCCCGUACAGUACGGACCCAUUGAUGAUGUCUAUCAGACGUACAAGGGUCGCCAGCCUCAGCAGCAGAUUCAGUACGAGCAGCCUGCACCAGAGGCGUACUACAAUCCCAGCGGCUACCACCAGCAGCAGACGCAGUUCUAUUAUGCCCAACCACAACAGCAGGCGCAGUAUGAGAGCAGCUAUCAGCCACAUCUCUAUCUGAUUGCCAUGGCGCCUCAGGCGCAAUACGCAGAACCAUCGGCCGCCGCAGAGCAUCAGCUUCAGCAUCAUCAGCUUCAGCAUCAUCAACAGCAGGAGCAGCAGCAACAGCAGCCCAUAUAUGUGGCGGAGCAGGAGGCGCCUACAGCAGCGGAAGCACAGUCGGCUGGACAUGAGCUGCCCAUAACCGAGAACAAUCCACGUGCCACACACACAAAGGUCAUCUUCAAUUCACAGAGCAGUGGCGGCGACUAUGGCGCCAAUACGUAUGACCUGUCCUCCAUACAACCCUACGAGGAGGAGCAUCAGCAACAGCACCACCAGCAACAUCAUCACCACCACCACCACCAGCAACAGCAACAGCAGCAUCAACAGCAGGUGGAAAAUGUUCAUGUGGAUGUCGAAGCGCCAGCGGAUGAUUAUCAGCCAUCGCAAGCUUCCGCCGAGGCCAUGGGCAUUACACAGCCGCCCUAUAAUUACCACGCCCAUGGACUGAAAAUGCCACGUCAGGUGCGCCAGGGCAAAAGGGCGGCCAAGGCGGAUCAUCCGGCGGAGCAUCAGCUGCAACAGAUACGCGAGUAUGUGCGAGAAAAGCUCGGCGCCGAAAUGGGCUCGGCGGUGGAGUACAAGACGACGCAGCUGCUCGAGGGUUAAUCGAAGGGUUUCAACCGGAAUUUGACUCAUAUUGUUAAUAUUGUAUUGUAUGUACUUUAAAAUCAUUGCUCGUUUUACGUUUGUUGUUGAGUUAUGUGU